CUCGCCUCCCUGCGGAACUUUCUCUCUGAGCAGGGACCCGGCGCCCCCUUCGCAGACUGGGCUGGGGAAGGAGCCAAGCCCGCGGGCCCCUCGGAUGCACCCAGCCCACCUGCGCCAGCCGGGCGCUGCUCUGGCCCGGACCUUGCGCGCCCUGCCCCGGGACGAUGACGCAGCCCAUGUUCCAUGCAGCCACCCUGGUGCUUCUCAUUGCUGUCCUCUCCUCCCCGCCGGCACUCAGCGAGAGGGGGCGCAAGAAGGUCGUCCACGUGUCAGAGGAUGAGAGCGGGGCCGUGGUCGUCCAGACCGCGCCAGGGAAGGUGGUCACCCACCGGGGUGGGACCAUCAUCCUCCCCUGCCGGUACCACUAUGACGUGUCAGCCCAUGACCCCGCCGAGAUCCGUCUCAAGUGGACCAAAGUGAUGGACCCAAUGUCUUUCGUGGAUGUCUUUGUGGCCAUGGGGAAGGAGCGCAGAGCCUUUGGGAGCUACCGGGGGCGCACGGCGCUGCAGGAGGACGGGGCAGGGGAUGCCUCCCUCAUCAUCCGCAACGUCACCCUGCAGGAUUAUGGGCGGUAUGAGUGCGAGGUCACCAAUGAGCUGGAGGACGACACGGGCAUGGUGAAGCUGGAUCUGGAAGGAGUGAUCUUCCCGUACCACCCGCGCCUCGGCCGCUACACCCUCAACUACCAUGAGGCCCAGGAGGCGUGUCUGGCCCAGGACGGCAUCCUGGCUUCAUACGACCAGCUGCACAAGGCCUGGCUGGAGGGCAUGGACUGGUGCAAUGCCGGGUGGCUGGAGGACGGCUCUGUGCAGUACCCCAUCUCCAGGCCCCGAGACGAGUGCGGCCGCAAAGACACCCCCGUCGGGGUCAGGACCUAUGGGUACCGGCACAAGGACGACGAGCGCUACGACGCCUUCUGCUUCACGUCCAAUCUGAACGGCAAAGUCUACUUCCUGAAGACCUACCGCAAGCUAAGCUACUCCGAGGCCCUCCAGGCCUGCAAGAAGAACGGGGCCAAGGUGGCCAAGGUGGGGCAGCUCUACGCUGCCUGGAAGAUCCAGCUGCUGGACAGAUGUGAGGCGGGCUGGGUGGAGGACGGCAGCGUCCGCUAUCCCAUCGUCAACCCCCGGGCACGCUGCGGGGGCCAGGAGCCUGGUGUCCGCAACUUGGGCUUCCCGGACAAGAAGUACAAGCUUUUUGGGGUCUACUGCUACAGGAAGGGCAGCGAGGGGCCCCCCAAGAAGGGCAGCGAGGAGCCAGGCAAGUGGGGGCCUCUCCAGGUGUAAGAGGCAGCCACGGUUGCUCUGCCGGGGACAGAACCACUUGUGCAACCAUCAGACAAACACCACAGCUGGAGAGCUGCUAACAUAGUAACUACCCCCCCACGCCCCGCCAGCCAUCGCUUCUCACCUGGAGCCGGCUGUGAGCCAGGACCGUGGGACUGGCUGCUGAGCCCCAGGGAUCUGGCAUUUCUUGGUAACAGCAUCACAGGAAACAGAAGGGAACUCCCCACCCUUAUCCCUUUCCAUAGCAGGUGGGGCCGGUCCCACAGCGUGGCAGGCUGGGGCGGGAGUCUGUGGUAGAGAGGUGAAGGGGGCUGCAGGGGGGACCAUGCCAGCUUCAAUUCACUUGCUUUCUCCUGCAAACGGACAUCCAGUCUCUCCACUCGUAGGGGCCGCUCCUGCUGUGCUGUGAUGCAGCCGCUGCCCCCCUUGCUAACCCAGCCUCCAGAUUCCUUCUUGGCUUCACGCUGCUGUGGCUAGUGCUUGGACUCUAGUGUUUAGGCCUUUCUCUGCUUGCAGAGGGGGCAGGGCUGGGCUGUCGCCCCUGCAGCUUUCCCAGGACCCCCCGUGCCAAGGCCACGCUCCUGUCUGGGGCUGGGGGCUGUUCACAUGUGCUGCACACCAGCAGCGCUAGGGUGGGUCCUGCCGAACGGACAGACCUUGCGCCCUGCUUCUCUGAUGACUGUGGAGGAUGGAAACUCAGAGGGGGCAGCUGGGUCCAGCUGAGAGCCCUGGAUGGGGAGCGGGUGGAUGAGUGCAAAGUGUCUGCUGGGAAUGGCACUGUCCUGUGGCGUUUACAGCCCAUUCCCUCCCUGCCCAUUCUUGUUAGUGCUUUAGCUAACGGCACCGGAGCAAAACCAACAGCUCCCCCUUGCCUGCCGGCUGUGAAGAGAAGCAAGCGCGAGGGUGUCGGAAGAGACCAGGGGCGGCGGUGGCGUGCUGCUCCCCUUGCUGCCUGGGAGCUGCACAGCUCAGCACCGGUCAUGCUGACAAUGCUUCCUAAGGGACCAGACGCCGCAUACCCAGCGCCAGAUUCAGUGCAAAGCCCUUGAAAUAAGCAUGGAGAGGCCUAUGCUCCCUGAAUCUCCCCUGUAAGAGGCCAGGAGAGCAGGCACGGCGAGAGCUGGACUCUCUAACUCAAGCUUUUGUAUUGCAAAACCCCUCUGAGGUCUGUAUAAAACAUCUGGCUGAAUAAUCCCAUCUGCGGACUUCAGUUUAAUAUUGUUACAAAUCCAUAGCCAUGUAGGAACUAUGCCAUGCUCAGGCAGCUGAUCUGACUUUACAGCGACACAACUCUGACCCUCCCACUUCGAAAACACACUUUGAGCUGAAGGAGAUUCCCCAUUAGCUCUAUACAGUACAGGGCAUAUGGUACUCAGUGGCACAGCUCAGAUUCCAUCCCACACCA